UUCUUUACUUUACACAUUCUGCGUCUUCUUAUUACUUAUAUUAUUUAUAUUCUAUUUUCCUGUACUUGGAUACAAUCUUCCAGUUAAAUAUUCUAGACUAUCAGAGCUGAACAGGAGAGGUAACCAAGAAAAAUCAAAUAUCAAUGUGAUUUUUCAUAAUACGUUAAACUACAUACGUCAUACAAAAUGUUUAUUGUUUAUACAUGCGUAAGAAUUCAGGCCAGAAGUGAAAGUUUUGAAACAUGACAUAUUUUCGAAUGCUAAGCUGAUUUAACUAUGUAUUACAGUGUAUCGCAGUGCUUUGAAUAAGUUGUGUAUUAAAAAUUUAUUAUAAAAUGUUUCUGAGAAGUUUGUUUCCUACUGUAUUUAUAAAAAAUUGUACUCUAUCAACACAUCUGAAUAAAAAUCAUACUAUCUCAUGCAAGGAAUGGAAUCGAGUUUUAAAGUUAUAUAAAAUUGAUAUAAGUCAAUCUCAAUACUUUACUACUAAAAUUGGGAGCCAGGCGAAUCAAAGACCUGACUGGAACCGAGCAGUAUCAGAAGCUGAAAAAAUUGUUGGAUAUCCUACUUCUUUUCUCAAUUUAAGAUGGUUGUUGAGUGAUGAAAUUGCUAAUGUUGCUCUUCACCUCAGGAAGUUAGUUGGGUCAAAUCAUCCAUUACUCAAAACGGCAAAGAGUCUUAUUUACAAUGGAAAGAAUAACAUGCAAGCAUGGGGUCUUAUAGUUUUACUUAUCUCUAAAGCAGCUGGUCAUCACAAUGUGGAUGCUAUGGAGGAAGAUAAAGCUGCAGGGGUUUUACAUAAUCAGCGAGCACUUGCAGAAGUUACUGAAAUGAUAAGAACCAGCCAUCUGGUUCAUAAAGGAUUGGUUAAUAUUCAAUCUGGCGUCUAUCCUGAAGCUUCUGAAUUAAAUGAUAUGACAUUUGGUAAUAAAAUUGCACUAUUAAGUGGGGAUUAUUUGCUUGGUAACAGCAGCGCUGAACUUGCUACGCUUAGAAAUCAGGAUUUGGUAGAAUUAAUGUCAAGUGCAGUUCGUGAUCUAGCUGAAGCCGAAUUUAUUGGUAGAAGAGAUAAACAAAACAAUCCAUUACCGCCGUUACCUGAUGAAAAUCGUAUAGGAUAUGCCGUCAGAGAAUGGACUUUGCAAAAUGUAUUAAGUGCUGGUGCAUUGCUUGGUAAAUCAUGUCAAGGAACUUUGAAAUUAGCUGGACAUAAUAAAGACAUACAAUCCCAUGGGUACCUAUUUGGAAAACACUUGGCUCUCGCUUGGCAGGCAUGUUUAGACUUAAGUCCUUUCAUUGGCAAAGACCGAUCGACAUCUUUCAAUUUAUGUUCUGCUCCGGUUAUGUUUCACAUAGAACAUGAUCCAUCUAUUUUGAUUGAAAUAGACAAGGGAUUGGAAUCCGUCCAUAACGUAGAUUACGCCAAAGUAUACGAUAAAGUCAACAGAGGCCCAGGAAUUGAGUUAACGAAACAACUACAAAAAGAUCAUUCUCAAAAAGCAAUGGAAGUACUAAGUGUUUUUCAAGAAAGUGAUGCUAGAACAGCAUUAUCCAAUAUCAUUGCCGCUAUGGGAGAUUUUUAAAAAUAUAUUCAUGAGUCAUAAUAGGGAUAAUGACAUCGCGACGGAUAUGCAAAAUUUAUUAUUUUUUUUUUAUUCAGAGUAUGUAUAUAAUCGUAAAUGCAUAAAUCAUCAGUAUACACACAAAUUUUAAUAUUUUAACAAUAUUAAUAAAAGUUCCUAAUCUCAAUAUAAACAAUGCCACUCAGUACUAAAAACAAAAAUAAUGUUUUGUAGAGUUAAUAAAAUGGAAAAAACUAAUCUAUUUCCAAGAGAUUGAAUUUUUUCUCGAACAAAAAAUUCGACAGAUGUCUUUAAUCAUAAAUAAAUUUAUCAAUAUCUUUAAGAAAUAUAUGUAUCAAUAUUUUCAAUAAAUAUAAUUAUUUAUAUUGUCAAAAAAAUUCGUAUGUACAGCUAUAUUUGUAAAAAUGUUGGGAAAACUCAGA